AUGCGCCCUCAGCUUCCCCGUCACGUGCGGGGACGUCUCCGCGGGGUGAAUGCGAGGCGGGGCUGGGGUUGCACGCGGCCGGGGCGGGGCAGGGCUGGGCGGGGUUGGUCAGCGGUGCCCGGGUACUGCAGGGCUCCAGACCGCGCCAGCACUGCGGGACGACCGGGCACGGGCAACCGGCCUGUGAGCUUUUGCCGGUUCCCACUGCAGGAUGGUUCCAGGCUGCAGGCCUGGCUGUGGCACACGGGCCACAAACGCCGGGUACGCAGCUGCCCCAGUGCUUGUACAGGGAGCAUUUCACAUCCUGCUGCUUCCGGCAGUGAUGGGAAGUUCACUGCCUGCCUGCAGCCCGAUGUGGCAGCCUCCACCUUCUCCAGGGCAUCAAGCUACAAGAACGCUGACUCCUGCACCCUCCCCCCAGAGGCAACUCCCUCUUCCAGAGCCAAGAACCAGGAGUGCCGAGAAGCCUGUGGCACUUCUACUGGGCAGGAGGUUUCCUCUGUGUCCCUGGAGCCCAGCAGCACAGCCUCCGGCCCAGUGGCCAAGGCCUGGAGCCCCCGAUCAGCACCCACAAGCUGGCUGAAGUCUGCUCUUGGGGCACUGCAACAGCGAGAUCCCGGGUUGCAGAGGCACCAGACACAGCUGCGAGCUUUGGAACAGCUGGCGCAGCAGCUGCACAGGGAGAGCCUGCUGCUGCCGCCUCGAGUCCCCACAUCUUGCCAUUCGUGCAUUGCUGCUUUUGACAUCCCCGGCCCUCCUGUUCCUCACAGUAUGCCCGCCUGUCUUCCCUGUGUCCCGUCUCCACCACUGCUCGCCCGAAAGUCCCAGCUACCUGGACCUGAGGAGUCUCAAACCUUCUCCACCAUCUGUGGAAGGCCUGACACAGCCAUGGUCCUUGCCCAAGGCCCUAUAUCUGCCACCCUGGAUGCUAACCCGAAGCCCCCAGCCAGUCAGAUACCCAGUGCGGAUCGGUCAGAGUGA